AUGGACUGCCGCUCGUGGGCUGCGGCCAAUGCCGAUGAUGGCCCCCGAUUCCGCUCCGGGAGGCCGGUUGUGAAUGUUUCGCCCGGCCGGCUUCGUAGCACCAGCUCCCGGGCGCGCACGUGGCGGUGGACCGCUUGCUGGAAUCUCUUGCUAGGAUGCGUGCUCUUCGCCCUCUGCCUCGGCCAAUGGCCCGCUGUUGCGGCCAUGCGCCCGGAUCGCGUGACGGAGUUGCGACGGGAGACCGUCGAGAUGUUCUACCACGGUUUUAACAACUACAUGAAAGUGGCCUUUCCCGAGGAUGAGCUUCGACCUCUGUCUUGCACUCCGCUCUCUCGGGAUCGCCGCAACCCGCGCAAUGUCGAGCUCAACGACGUCCUGGGCAAUUACUCCCUCACGCUUAUCGACAGCCUCUCGACCCUGGCCAUCUUAGCGUCUGCGCCUCCUAGCGACGGUGAUACCGGGCCAAAGGCGUUACGGGAUUUCCAAGACGGCGUGGCGGCCCUGGUCGAACAGUACGGAGAUGGAACAGAAGGCCCCUCUGGCCGGGGCUUGCGUGGGCGUGGGUUUGACGUCGACAGCAAGGUCCAGGUGUUUGAGACUGUCAUUCGCGGCGUUGGUGGCCUACUUAGUGCCCAUUUGUUUGCGGUUGGGGCCCUACCUAUCGCUGGCUAUGAACCGGGCCAUCCUAGCAGUGACAUCAACAACCCGCGUCCCAUCGUGUGGCCCAACGGACUGACGUACGAUGGCCAGUUGUUGAGAUUGGCACUUGACCUAGGUCAAAGAAUCCUACCGGCCUUCUACACUAAGACCGGGAUGCCUUACCCCCGCGUUAAUCUCCGUGACGGCAUCCCAUUCUACGCCAACUCCCCGCUUCAUGGUGGUGUCGCGGGGACGGCGGACGGGCCACCUGAGAUUACCGAAACUUGCAGCGCGGGGGCUGGGUCGUUGGUCUUAGAAUUCACUGUCCUCAGCCGCCUUACGGGUGACCCUCGUUUUGAGCAGCUGGCAAAAAGGGCGUUCUGGGCAGUGUGGUACAGGAAAAGCCAAAUUGGCCUUAUUGGGGCUGGUGUUGAUGCGGAGCAAGGACACUGGAUAGGGUCCUAUUCCGUUAUUGGUGCAGGUGCCGACAGCUUUUUCGAGUAUGCCUUGAAAUCCCACAUCUUGCUAUCAGGCCACGAGCUCCCCAACCGGACAGCGACCCCUUAUGAUCACAAUGUGGGAUGGAUGGACCCUAACUCACUGUUCGCCCCGCUGAGCGACGUCGAGAACUCGCCCGACACCUUUCUUGAAGCUUGGCAUCAGGCGCAUGCGGCCAUCAAGCGCCACCUCUACAGUGACCGUGACCAUCCCCAUUACGAGAACGUGAAUCUCUGGACGGGGUCGCUGGCGUCGAAUUGGGUAGACAGCCUUGGUGCCUAUUAUUCGGGCCUCCUUGUCCUUGCCGGCGAAGUGGACGAGGCUAUUGAGACCAACCUGUUGUACACUGCCAUCUGGACCCGCUAUGCCGCCCUUCCGGAGCGGUGGUCCAUGCGGGAAAAGACCGUUGAGGGCGGCCUGGGCUGGUGGCCGCUGCGACCUGAGUUUAUUGAGUCCACGUACCACCUAUACCGUGCGACCAAGGACCCCUGGUAUCUCUAUGUCGGGGAGAUGGUGCAACGAGACAUUACGAGACGGUGCUGGACCCCGUGCGGCUGGGCAGGGCUGCAGAACGUCUUGAAUGGAGAGAAGAAUGACCGUAUGGAGAGCUUUUUCCUCGGGGAGACCGCCAAGUACAUGUACCUGCUUUACGACGACAACCACCCGCUCAACGCUCUGGACGCUGCGUACGUCUUCACUACCGAGGGUCAUCCCUUGAUUAUACCCAAAACACCACCAGGUGGUCGGUCAAAGUCCAGAAAGUCUGGCCGCAAGGACCUUACCCUCUAUUAUGACGACGCAUUCACCAAUUCGUGCCCCCCACGCCCUGCAACAACUCCCGUGUCGGGCUCAGUUAUCGCGGCGAGAGACGAUAUAUACCACGCAGCGCGCAUGUUAGACCUGCAUCAGCUAUCCUCCUCACCACUGACCGUAGAUGGCGGGCAGAUGUCCGGGCAGCACAUGGCGAGAUCUAACCACACUCUGUUCCCCUGGACCCUUCCCGCAGAGCUGCUGCCGAGCAACGGCACAUGCGCCAAAGUUCACCACCCGCAAGAGCUCAUCCUGGAGUUUUCUUCCAACGCAGGACAGAACGCGGGAGGAACCACCUUUAACUUUAUGAUGGGGAACCAAAACCUCGAGCGGUUGAAUGCGGACCAUAUUCGCGUUCUGAGCCUGUCUGGACUUAAAAUCACCCUGCGCCUGGAGGAGGAGUUGGAGCGGGAAUGGAGAGUCAGCAAGCUUAACAGCGUCCCCUUGGGCCGCGAUGAGUUUGUCGUCUUUGACCGAUCUAUCCUCGGGGAGGUCUCGGAUCCUAGAUUCAACCUCGUUCGAGACCCCGUCAUCAUCAGGCUCCAGCAUCUGCACCAGGUCGACAUAUCCGGCAACGAAACGGGCACAAGUGAUGGUGACGCAUCACAAGACCACGAUGACAUGGAGGACGAAGACGACGACGAGGGCAUUAUCUUCGAAAUGCUCGAAGAUCCCAAUCUCGCUGUUGCUGCUGCUGAGGCAGCCGCAGCCGCUCGCACCGACCUCGGCUCACUCGUCAGAUCCCUCUUCAGUCGCCUCACCUCCUCCCUUGAUCUCCAGCUCCCCACUUCCAUCCCUGGAAUGGGUGGCCCCUCCAUAUCCCUCCCUUUCAACCUCGUCAUCAACACAACCGCCACAACCCCUACAGGCAUCGGCGCGGCCCCGUUACCCCCUGCUUCCUCGGCAUCAGGCAGUGGAGCAGCCGGCGCGCGCAUACCCUCAUUCGGCCCCGUCCCUCCCUCCUCAUUUCCCUGGACCACCAUCUAUGCCGGCGGCGACGCCUGUGAUGGUCCGCUCCCCGACGCAGCACCGCGCGACCACCAGAUCAUUCUUCUCCGGCGCGGCGGCUGCAGCUUCUCGACCAAGCUGGCGAAUGUGCCGGCGUAUGCGCCCUCGCCGAGUGCACUGCAGCUCGUGGUGAUUGUGUCGGAGGACGAGAAUAGUGGCGACAACGACGCAGACAGUGGAAAUGGUCAUGGUCCCAAUGGCGCUGGGCUGAUACGGCCGCUGUUAGAUGAGGCGCAGCGAACGCCGGGCGGGAUUUUGCGGCGAAACCCAAUCGCUAUGGCCAUGGUCGGUGGUGGAGACACGGUGUAUCAACAGUUGAAGAUGGCGAGUCGAGUAGGGGUGUCUAGAAGGUAUUUUAUCGAGAGUCAAGGCGUCAAGGUGAGGAAUAUUAUCGUGGAUGAAGGGGGUGAUGGGUUGGACUCAUGGUGA